AUGGCGAAGCCUACUAUCCUUUUCACGCCCGGCGCCUGGCACUCACCGGCACACUAUGAGAAGAUCAUGACAGCGCUGCAGCAGCAUGGGUACGAGACCGAGGCAGUUGCGUUGGCGACUGUCGACCCCAAGGACCCGCCAAACACACAUGUGGAUGAUGACGUCCAGGUUAUAUCCAACGCGAUCAACAAAAUCCUAUUGUCAGGAAAGGAUGUGGUUCUGGUUUCCCACUCGUACAGCGGCAUCCCAGCGCAGAGCGCGGCUUACUCCUUCCUCAAGCAAGACCAGAACGGCCCGCGGCUGAAAGCAAUAGCAAUGAUGUGCUCAUUCCUCUACCCACCAAAGACCGCUCUUCUCGCUGCCACGGGUGGCAAGCCCUUGCAGCUCCAUGUCGUGUCGGCGGACGAAACCCUUGUCGACGUCAGCGACGACCCUGGUCCAGAAGUGGCCUUCUACUCGGACGUAUCACCUGAAGAGGCAGCCGCAGCGAAAGCCAUGCUGAAGUCGCAUUCCUGGCGGUCCAAGACUUUACCGCCAUCAGCCGAAGGUGUCGGAUACUGGGAGAUUCCAACCAGUUACUUGGUUUGUGAGAACGACAAGGCGCUGCCAGCCGACUUACAGAGGAAAUGGAUUACGGACGCGAAUGAGGCGUUGAAGGCAAGGGGAACAGAUUUGAGGAUCAGGGAGGAGCAGGUGGAGAGUGGCCACAGUCCAUUCUUGAGCAAGACCGAGCAGACGGCGGCCUUUAUCAGGAGAGCGGCUGGGGAGGACGUGCCGGUGAGCUGA